GCUCGCCGCACGCGGGCGAGGUAGUGCUAGAGAAGAGUGGGAUAUGUGCAUAGUGAUACUAGUUCGAUAUAAUGGGAAGACGGAGAAGAGAUGUCGGAAACGAUGCGGUGUGCACGUCGAAGUGCGGCCACGGCGCGCACUGCGUCGCGGUGGCGGGCGGGGGCGGGGCGUGUGCGUGCGCGGGCCCGUGGGGCGGGGCCGCCUGCAACCACUACGUCGGCCACGAGCACCCCUGCUCCGCCGCCUGUGAAUCGCCCGCUAUAUGCGUGUGGAAACCUACAGAUAACCCACUGGAACCCGGCACGCCGUACUGCGCGUGUCCGGUGGGCGGGGCGUGCGCGGUGGAGAGCGCGGGCGCGGCGGAGGUGGGGGCGGGCGCGUGGGGGGCGGGGCUAGUCGCGCUGCUGGCGCUGCUCGCCGCCCUGCUCGGCCUUAUGUGCAUCGUGCACCGACGUAGACGGAACGCGUUCGGUCACGCGCGGCUGUCGGACAACGUGGAGAUAAACAACCCCAUGUACCUCGCCGGCGAGGACGAGCCCGAGACCAGACAAAACGGCGGCAACCAUUUCGCCAACCCCGUGUACGAGAGCAUGUACGCGCCGCAGCAGACCAACCCUGUUGAGGAGCAUGCGACGUUACUGGAAGAGAACGCGGGCGAGGCGCCGCCGGAGCGCGCGGCGCUGCUCUGAGGCGAGCAGUCUCCGGCGCACUAGCGCGUGGAGACCCGCCCCCGGCGCGCGUACGCGCACGCACCCCGUGCGUACGCGCGCGCCAGCUACGUGUAAACGUACGUGUGAACGUUGUGUGAACUGAAAGUGUUAUUCUCAUGGACAUGGCGAUCUUACUGGAAUAUCUAUCAUAAAAUCACAUUGCUGUGAUUUAAGAGUUAGUUCAAUUGAAAUAUAUAACUCACUAGCACAGUCGAUACUAUCAUAAUAUUAUGUUUAGAGCGAGGGUAUGGUAAAGGAUGGUGGUGAUCAGGCAGCUACAAUGCUGUCCCGCCCGCGAUCGCGCGGGGAUAGUCAGAUCUAUUUUCAUUUAGUUUAUAAGCUAAUAUAAGUUUAAUGUAAUCUCAAUAUCUGUCUCGCCUUUCCUAUACAAUCCAAAAUGAUAAAUUCAUUUUUAGUUGUAUAGUAGAGGUUGUGUAGAAAUUAGUUUUAUUUAUAUGUGACAUCUUUCAUCUCGCUCGUUCCUCAGUUGAGUGAGCGGGACGGCACCUAUUAUUCUAUAAGCCCCGACAUAAUACCCCAUAGCGUCUAGCGCGUUUGUGAUAACUUGAGCCCCCAAGCACGGCCUAGGACUGAUCAGUUUUAACCCUAUCGAUGGAUCCUAGCAUAUCUGUGUACAUAUCUCAUCUCAAAAACUAUAUUUAAUGUUAAUUUUAACAAAUAUUUAAAGUAAAAGGUAAAUUUGGAAAUUUCCAAGUUCUCUCUUGGAAGUUUUGUUGAGUUUGGAAGAGGAAGAAGUUUUACCUAAUAGACUAUUUUGGCUGUUCUCUAGCAUGACAAAUAUAUU